AUGUUAGAAGAAAUAUACUAUGCUUUUAAUAAAUCACCUUUACUUUUUGCAAAAUCAGUAAAUAUAUCAGAUGUAGACAAUAUAUCAGUAAUUAUAAAUGGAAUGUUUUUCCAAUGCAUUUUUAAGCAUGUAAGAAAGAAUAGUUCUGGAUCUUAUCUAAUAAGAUCUAUUCCAAAAGCUACGUUGAUAGAGGAAACUGACUUAAUGACAGAUCUUUAG